ACACAGCUCACCCCAGUCAGUCUGCUCCGAUGGCGCCGCGCUAUGCGCCCAGCCUGCGGGCGCCGCUGCCCCUGUUGAUCCUGCUGCUGCAGACGAGCUUCGCUGUACUCUUUGCGCUGUAUGCCAGACUGGCCAAGCCUGAAGUCACCGCGGACAAUCCGUUCACAAACACCUAUGCCGGAUUCCAGGAUGUCAAUGUUAUGCUCUUCCUGGGCUUCGGCCUCCUGGCCACGGGCUUCGUUCGCUAUGCCUUCAGUAGCUUGGCCUUCGUCUUGCUGGUGGGCUCCUGCUCAGUGCAGUGGGCCAUCUUGGCAAACGGGUUCUUGUACCACCUUCAUGAUGGAAAGAUCUGGAUCAGCCUACGAAGUUUGGCUGAGGCCCAGCUGUGUGCAAUAUCCUGCCUUAUUGCCAUGGGCUCGGUCUUGGGCAAGACCAACCCUGUCCAGGUGCUUCUUAUGGCUCUGCUGGAGGUCACUGGGUUCAUAACCAACACCUGGAUCCUCCGUACCUUCCUGAAGGCUGAGGGCAUGUACAGCAGCAUGCUGUUCCAUAUCUUCGCCUCAUUUUUUGGAGUCAUAAUGUCAUGGACACUAGUCCAAAAGCAACCUGAGCUGCAGCACGAGAAGGAGAAGCUGGAUCACAAGACAGCCCUUUUCUCUAUGAUGGGGGUGCUCUUCCUGUGGCUGUUCUGGCCCAGCUUCCUGUCUGGGCUAGUUGCCCCUUCCUUGCCUGCCUACAAGAUGGCCGCCAUUUACAGUACUUACCUGUCAAUGGCGGCGAGUGCCAUCUCUGCUUUCACCAUCUCCAUAGUGAUGAGCCCAAGAGGAAAGAUCAACAUGGCUCACAUCCAGGGAGCCGUGCUUGCAGGAGGUGUUGCUAUGGCACCCGUUAUCUCAGUGAACCACAUGCCAUGGGUUGCUAUAACAACAGGGAUGUGUGCUGGCCUCCUCUCCACGUUGGGUUUGCUUUAUCUAAAGCCCCACCUGGUGCUGGCAUUUGGCUGUCAUGACACCUGCGGGGUUCUCAGUGUCCAUGGGCUGGCAGGAAUUCUGGGAUGGGCAGCCUACCUCCUUCUCCAAGUGUACCACACCCCUGAUACGGCCUGGAGCCUGAGCCUGUUCUGUGUCUGCAGUCUCCUCAUCACCCUGAGCACCAGCGCAGUGGUGGGGGGGCUCACAGGGUUUCUCCUUAAGUGGGCCAUCUGGAGGCCACCACAGGACAGGAAAUGCUUUGAGGACCAGGCAUUCUGGAAGAUUGAGCACCUGGCCGUGGAGCAGUGAGACGCUGCUCCAGGUAGAAGCAGAGCGAACGCUCCCCCCUUCAGCAACCUUCAUAAAUGGACUAACUGCAAAAUACAUAUCGAUAGUUAACACCUUGAGAUGAAAUUUACUCAGUAGGAACCCUUUCAUUGUAUGGGCCGUAGACAGGUGACGAGGAACACAAGGCUCGGUAAGACUGGAGUAGGUUGUCAAUCAUUGAAGAAUCAGCCAAUUAGUGUAUGACAGCAUGAUAGUCCUGCCCACAGAACCACUGUCAUGUCAUAACUCUGUUGCUUUGUGUUUGUAUGAAUAUUCUACAGCAGCAAAGCCAUCAAUAAAAUCAUUGUUUAUGUCCCGUG